AUGGAGUGGCCGGAGGAUGAAGAAUACGGCCCUAUUUUUUCUAAGAGAUAUUCUAUAAUGAUGGCGGAGGAAUCCUCGUUGCCGAUUAUUUAUUACCGGUCACAAAAUUCAUUUUCGAAUUCUUCCCUCCAUAAACGGGGAGGUAGUAGUGGUGGUGAUACGGUGGGAGUAGAGAGAGGUGAAGGAGUGAUUGCCAUGACUACGACAGGAGCCCAAUAUGCCCUCGCAGCAUCCACCAGAGCUAAUAACAGUGGGGGUAACUCUACCACAGUGGGGGUGGAACCUAAGCCAAGCGUCGUUGUCGUGACUACUUCCAGCUCCAGUGGCAGUGGAAGUGCAGCACAGAGUCAGUCCACAAGAGGACAGCAACUUAUCACUGUUGUUACCAGUCCUGAUCCUUCUAGCCCAAGCAAUCUACAGCCCAUUCAGUUAUUGGUUCAGGAUCCACUUGAAACAGCUGCAGAUUCUUCCAACGGAUCAACAGGUACUCCAGCGCAUGUUACAGCACAAGUCGUAGUUAAUACUACCCAUUCUGGUCAACAUACUCUUGUUGAUUCAGACGCAGCGUCCACAUCGGCUGGCACCAUCGUCGGCGGAUCUCCACACUUUAUAACGGUAACAGGCACCAGUGACUCACCAUCCUACGCGUCCCUCACAACGGCAGUAGUGUCAGGUGAACCAGAGGCGGUGGGGUCCGAACCAGUCUCACAUCCGACCUAUGUUCAAUAUGUUGAGGGGGAUACUUCCACGUAUAUACCGACAAAUGGUCAGAUGACAUAUCCUGUAUAUGCUGUUGGAGAAGCAGGAGCUAUGUACACUCCUGCAUCCAGUCAGUAUUACACACCGGCAUCCACACCAGUAACAUAUGCGCAGGUCACUGGUCAAGGUUCAAAUUCUACAACUGGACAGUUAUUAUCUCAGGGCAAUGGCACAUAUCAUGCAUUGAUAUCCGCGGCUGCUGCACGUGCUAGUCCACAGACAGAGAAUGCGGAAACUGUGGUUAGCGGGGGUGGAGGGGCGUACUUGAUCAGCGGUAAUUCAGGAAGUACCGCUGUCACUGUGGAAGACGCUGCAGCUGCAGCUGCAAACAUGACGCAUGCAACUAGAGUUUCACAAGCAACAGUUCAGUGGUUGCUCGAGAAUUAUGAAACAGCAGAUGGUGUCUCCCUUCCACGUUCCACCCUCUACAAUCACUAUCUACGGCACUGUUCAGAUAACAAGUUAGACCCCGUAAACGCUGCAAGUUUUGGAAAAUUGAUACGGUCUGUCUUCUUGGGCUUGAGAACCAGACGAUUGGGCACAAGGGGAAAUUCAAAGUACCAUUACUAUGGGAUCCGUGUCAAGCCUAGUUCUCCUUUAGUCUUGUUAAACGAAGAUGGAACACCCCGCCAGCAACAGAAUACAAAUUCCCAAGCGAAACGGUUCAAGUUCGUGAAUCAAAAGCAGGAAAAUACUUAUGAGAAUAAUACACAUUCGAACACGAAUAUCACAUCGAAUAAUUCACCGCCACAGUACCAUCAGUACCUUGGCGAGGCGAGUGGUGCCAUUCCAGAGUUUCCUGAAAUAAUAGUGGGGCAUGGGUCGUCCCUUCCUGAGGAUUGCACUUUAGAGGACAUCGACACGUUCCGUAGUAUAUACCGAGAACACUGUGAAGCUUUUUUAGACGCUGUUCUCAACUUCGAGUUUGCCACUGUAGAGAGCCUUUGGAGAGAAUUUUGGCGUAGUCAGGACAAUAAUAAUGGCGACGAAUGCGAGGAAGAGAAAUAUUUAUCAAAGACUAAGCUAUAUCAGAUGUGUAAGUGUUCAGAAGUUCAAGAUUUCAUAAGAAAAGUCGAUUAUACGUUUUACCAGAACUUGGUAGAAGUAUUAAUGCCCAAUGUACUGAGACCUAUACCAAGUUCACUAACACAGUCCAUUAGAAAUUUUGCAAAAGGGCUUGAGUCCUGGUUGACGUCAGCCAUGGCUGACUGCCCUGAAGAAAUGACUCAGAUAAAGUUGACUGCUGUAUCCGCGUUUGCUCAGACACUGAGGCGUUAUACAUCACUGAACCAUCUUGCUCAAGCUGCACGUGCAGUGCUUCAAAAUUCUGGUCAAAUAAAUCAAAUGCUGGCCGAUCUGAAUCGCGUUGACUUCCACAACGUACAAGAGCAGGCUUCAUGGGUAUGUCAAUGUGACUAUGAGAUGGUCCAACGUCUGGAGACAGAUUUUAAAGUGACAUUGCAGCAACAGAAUUCACUGGAAGACUGGGCAAUUUUAUUUGAGGAGAAACCAACGUUUGCAAAGGCUGCUCGUCAAUUCUUGCUCAAGUGGUCCUUCUACAGUUCCAUGGUCAUUCGCGAUCUGACUUUAAGAAGUGCAGCAAGCUUUGGGUCCUUUCAUCUUAUUCGACUAUUGUAUGACGAGUACAUGUUCUAUUUGAUCGAGCAUCAAGUAGCAGUCGCCACUGGAACUACUCCGAUAGCAGUGAUGGGCGAUAAAAGUCAAAGUUGCUCUUUAAUUAGCGCGUUUGGCGCCACUUCUAACGGAGAUACAUCAAAUGCCAGUCAACCAAAGCGUAUGAAAUUAAGCUAACUGCGUGCCUACGCCCUUUAGUUUUUUUUGGAAAAAAUAAGCCAGUAGCACCUGAGAAUGAAAUGUUAGCACAAGAGCAUGCAGGCCUACUAAAACC